AUGGCCGAAGGUACGUACGAAUAUGAGUGUAUGCGAGCGGAACUGCUUGGGCUGGCCCAUCCCAGUCGGGAGGAGUUUGAGGCGAAGAUGAAGCUCAGACAGGAGACGGAAGUGGAGGAGCAGCUCACGGAACAGUUGAAGGAGGUGGAUUUGCAAGAGGAAUCCGUACAGGGCACUUCCGGCAAGAUGGAUGAGCUGAACAGCAUCCUAACGGCGACGCAGCAAAAGAUUAACAAGUUUAAGGUGGCGUGCGGUAGUUUGACCAGCCUGCUAAAGCUUCGCCCAUCGACACCGAGCAAUGAGCCGGCUGGUGUGUCCGAGGGCAAAUCCAUCAACGAUGCACUUGACACGCUGGACACGAUGAAGGAUCUGAAUGCUGCGUCGGAUGCGACGGUGACCAAAGCGGCUGCGGCAGAUCUCGGCAACAAGGUGACGACGCAGCUGGACAAACUCGAUUCGUUGCUGUACAAGGCCGAUAACGCGACGUACUCGAUGAAGCAUCAGACGGAUCAGAUGAAAAAGAUUGCCAAGUAA